AUGCCCAAGAGCAGUAAAGUGACCCAGCGCGAACAAAGCCAUGACCACGUCACAGAGUCGGUGGCUGACCUGCUGGCCCUGGAGGCGCCCAUGGACUACAAGAGCAGUCAAAUGAGCAUGAACGCAGCUGGGGGAACCCCGGCACCUAAGGGCACCCAGCCAGACGUCUCCCCUGACCUGGAGGACGGACGACCAGCCUGGAACAGUAAGGUCGAGUACAUCCUGGCUCAGGUGGGCUUCUCAGUGGGUUUGGGCAACGUUUGGCGCUUCCCCUACCUUUGCCAGAAGAACGGUGGAGGUGCUUACCUUGUCCCGUACUUUAUCCUCCUCAUCCUCAUUGGCAUCCCACUCUUCUUCUUGGAGCUGGCAGUGGGACAACGGAUCCGUCGAGGGAGCAUCGGAGUCUGGAACUAUGUUUACCCUCGCCUGGGUGGAAUUGGAGUGUCUAGUUUAAUGGUGUGUGGCUUUGUGGGUCUGUACUAUAACGUCAUUAUCGGAUGGAGCAUCUUUUACUUUUUCCAGUCCUUUCAGUACCCUCUGCCGUGGAGCGAAUGUCCUGUCAGACGAAAUGGAAGCCAGGCCAUUGUGGAGCCUGAAUGUGAAAAGAGUUCAGCGACCACCUAUUUCUGGUAUCGUGAGACCCUGAACAUCACCAGUACGAUCGCAGACAGCGGUGGUCUCAACUGGAGGAUGACCCUUUCCCUGUUAGCUGCUUGGAUAAUUGUGGGUAUGGCUGUGAUCAAAGGCAUCCAGUCCUCCGGAAAGGUGAUGUAUUUUAGCUCACUCUUUCCAUACGUGGUGCUUUUCUGUUUUCUGGUGCGAGGCCUCAUGCUUAAAGGAGCCGUGGACGGAAUAGCUCACAUGUUCACACCUAAGCUGGAGAUCAUGUUGGAACCACAGGUUUGGCGUGAGGCAGCCACGCAGGUUUUUUUUGCUCUGGGCCUGGGUUUUGGCGGCGUCAUCGCUUUCUCCAGUUACAACAAGAGCGACAAUAACUGUCACUUUGAUGCUGUGCUAGUCUCCGUCAUCAACUUCCUCACCUCCAUCCUGGCCACACUGGUGGUGUUUGCCGUGUUGGGUUUCAAGGCUAACAUCAUGAAUGAGAAAUGCGUAGUGGAGAAUUCAGAGAAGAUCCUUGGCUACUUGAAUUCCAAUGUAUUGAGUUACGACCUGAUCCCGCCUCACGUCAACUUUUCCCACAUCACAUCCUCGGAUUACGCCGAGAUGUACGAGGUGAUCAAAAUAGUUAAGGAGGACAGCUUCGCUCAGCUGGGUCUGGAACCCUGUCUGCUGGAGGACGAACUCAACAAGUCAGUACAGGGCACUGGGUUGGCUUUCAUCGCUUUCACAGAAGCAAUGACCCAUUUCCCCGCCUCUCCCUUCUGGUCUGUCAUGUUCUUCUUCAUGCUCAUUAACCUGGGCCUGGGCAGCAUGAUUGGCACCAUGACGGGCAUAACCACGCCCAUUCUGGACACCUUCAAAAUCCGCAAAGAGAUUCUCACAGUGGGCUGCUGUAUCAUAGCUUUCUUCUGUGGCUUGCUGUUCGUGCAGCGUUCAGGAAAUUAUUUUGUCACCAUGUUUGAUGACUACUCUGCCGGCCUGCCCCUCACUAUCGUAGUCAUCCUGGAGAACGUGUCUGUGGCCUGGAUAUACGGCACAAAAAGGUUCAUGCAGGACUUGCAGGAUAUGCUGGGUUUCCGGCCCUACAUCUUCUACUUCUACCUGUGGAAGUAUGUGUCACCUGUGUGUCUGAUAGUGCUUAUCUCUGCCACCGUCAUAGAGAUGGCCAUCAGCCCACCUGGAUACAAUGCCUGGGUGCAGGACCUGGCAACUGAACGUUUCCAGAGUUACCCUCCCUGGGCUUUGACCAUGUGUUUUGCCCUCAUCAUUGCGGCCAUGUUACCAUUACCCAUCGUCUUCAUCGCCCGCCACUUCAACCUGAUACCUGACGGCUCCAACAAGCUCUCCGUCUCUUAUCGGAAGGGCAUGAUGAAAGACGUGUCCAACCUGGAGGACGAAACACGUUUCAUCCUCAGCAAGAACCCUAGUGAGACUCCUUCACCCAUGCCAAACCACCGUGCCUACCUGGGCCCCGGCAGCACCUCACCCGUGGAGCUCAUCACCAACUCCACCUCCAUCAGCGGCUACGGUAGCAGCUACCAGACCAACCCAGUACCACCAAAGUCUGAAUCCUGA